UUCAUUUAUAUUUAUAUCAGCGCCUUAUAUUUCUCAGGAUGAGGUGAGACUUUGAGGCUCCAGUUUCGCUCAGUGAGAAAUUUAUUUACCAUCUUCAUCCUUGAUGGUAUCGAUUCAACACGGAGACUCUCCUCAGAGAGUUCAUUAACAUGACAGCAUCACAUGCAGAUUCAUCAGCUGAACAUCCAUGAUGCCGAUCUCCCGUUCUACCUCAUCACAAAGGUUCUGUCGGGUUCUGACUGUGGAGGUCAUUAGAGUCCAGAGGACUCGUUGUCUGAAAUGAUUCUGGAGCCUUAUCCUGCUGGAAGUAUCGGAAGAUCUCUGAGGCUGAUACAGUCCAUGAACAAUGAUUGUCCAUUUUGGCUUUUAUGAUCCUCGUAAAUAAUAAUAAAAAAAUGUUUUGGUUUUCUAAAAUGUAAACAAUUCAGCUGACCACCUGAGACCAGGAAGACAACGACGUACUUCUGUUUGUUUCUCAGACCUGAGUAGAGCCUGCUGCGUGUAUGUAGUACCCCCCCCCCCCAAUAAAUAAAUAAAAUUAAACAAAAACAAAAACACACGUACUCAUGAUCCGCAGUGUGAUCAUUGAUCUACUGGAGUUCUUUCAGAUGAAUUUGGUCUUUUUUUUUCAUUGACCACUUAAUGAAUACAAUGCAAUCAACACAUUAGAGCUCAUACAGAUAUAAACGACACGAUAUAUGACGACACUAGAAAGAAAAAUAGGAAAAUACAGCACAGCAAAUAAACAAGAGACAAAAAAAAACUAGAAAAUGUCAGAUUUACUGUUUUUUUGUCUCUAUAUGUUCUUAAUUCCAGAUAUUUACAGAUUUCUCGUGUUUUUGAACCUUUGUAUUCAUGGAAGUUGAGAUGUUUUUUUAAAUAUUGCUCAAGUUCUGUUUUAAGAACCAAAAAUUCUGUUUUUUGUUCAUGACUUUACUUUAAUGUGAAACUUGGCCAUAAAAACAUGUUAAUAAAAAGGAAGCAUCCUGAUGUUUGGAUCUUUGUAAACCAAAACUAUCCUCUCUGUCACACAGAUCAAACCAUUACAUGUUUUUGUCUGCAGGGAUUUUUCCUCAGACGUCGCUGCGCCUGCAGCUCCAUCGCUGUCCAGACGGGGCGCCGCUGAGCGCAGAACCGCGCUGCGGCUCUUCCUCCUCCUCCUCCUCCUCCUCCUCCUCAGACCGACAUUGAGAGCCAUGUUCCUCCUCUUCCUCCUCUUCCUCCAGCUGAUGGACAGCGGGACUCCCGGGCUUUUUGUUUCCUGAACGCUCGCGGAUAAAUCUCUGUUAGUCUGCCGGCCGCUGAUUGGCUCCGCUGUGUACGGUCUGUUCCUGUGCGGGAAGGUGAGCAGGGAUGUCGGAGUCUCCCGGACUCGUGGACCUGGCCCGUCUUUACCAAACGGAGUUUGUGCGCAGUGCACGUGCGGUGGCCGUGCUCUGGGCCGUGUGCACGCUCUGCCUAGCCAUCGUACAGGUGGUCAUUCUGCUCCAGCCGUCCUGGAUCGGAACCUCAGACACCCCGGUUCUCCCGGCCGGACCCCCGCUACCCAAAGGCACGAUAGGACUGUUUGAGGUGUGUAUGGAGACAGAAUGGCCAAUCCCAGACUGCAAAGGGGGUCUCUCCAGCCUGUCCCCUCUGCCGUGCUUCCAGUCUGUGGCGGUUCUGGUGGGGGUUUCGUUAUGGGCCGUGUGGACCAGCGUCCUCUGUCUUUGUCUCUUCAGGUUCUGCAGCGCCGUCACCGUCUACAAGAUCUGCGCCUGGCUGCAGCUGACCGCAGGUUUCUGCCUGGCCCUGGCCUGUCUUUUGUUUCCAGACUCGUGGGAGAGUCCAGAGAUGCGAGCGCUGUGUGGAGACUCGGUCGGUAGCUUCUCUCUUGGAAACUGCUCGGUCCACUGGACCUUCAUUCUGGCCGUGCUGGGAGUUCUGGAUUGCUCCAUCUUGGCCACCCUGGCUUUUGUUCUGGCUAACAGACAGGAUGCACUGCUGCCCCCCACUUCCCCCGAUGCGACCUUGGGUCUGCUGAUGACACCCUGAUCCUCCAGGGACGUCGGUUUCUUCGUCUCUGCUCACUUAAAGCAGGAAACAUCUGAUGAAUGCUACAUUUCUGACAAAGGAUGAAGAUGAUCAGGACUUGUGUGAAGCAGCAUCUCAAAGACGCGAUCGUAACUCUUCGCACCUGAAAGAGUCGGAACCGAUCAGAAAGUGGGCGGGGCUCUCAGAUUUUGUCUGCUUGUUUUUCUUUUAUUUUUUUGGAGCAUCAGAAGAGAACACAACCCUGUCAGAAGGAGCAUUCUGGGAAAUAAAAGCUGGCACUGACGCCACUUUGACCAAAUGUUUGCUUGUUUACAUGUUAGCUUCCCCUGAUCCACGCUGAGAAAGCCCCGCCCAUCCUUAGCAGACGAACUGGAUCAGGUGAUUCCAGGAUCUGGCUGAUGGAAAACACCUGAUCCAGGUAAUCAGCAGCACCUGCAACAGAGAAGAUGAAACUACCGGUGGCUCUGUUUGAACCUUUCUGAUAAGAGCGGCCUCCACUGGUGAAAGUGUAUGAAGAUCCUGGUCUAUUGCAGCUUUUUCACAGGAAAUAUCUAAAAGUUUUGUCUCUUCACGGCUGUGAUUGAACAGAAGUUUUAGUGAUAUCAUUGUAAAAAGUGACAGAUAUGAGUCAUAGGAUGCUUUCUGUUGCAAUAAAAUGCUCCUAAGCAUGCAGACCUGUGUUGGUAAAGUUUUUCAAAUCGGGCGGGUAUGGAUAAUAAAUUCCAUAAUCGAUUCUAAUCAUCAGA